AUGAGGUGGAUCUUACCGCUCCUCAUGGCACUACCCGCCGCCUUCGCCGCUGCAAGCUCCAGCUCCAGCGCCGCCUCCGCCGAUGACUCCAGCAACACCGCCGGAACCUCCAGCUCCAAGGGCAUCGUCCCCUUCUUGCAGACCAUGCAAGCAGCCCAAGUCGCCUCCAUGUCGUGCCUCAUUACCCUGGUAAACAUGACUCAGACCCCCAUCGGGACUUGCCUCGGCAUCAACAAGCUAGCGCCGCUGCUCAUCCCUGGAGGCACGACGGGCGCCAACGCCUCGGCCGACUUCUCAGCGGGGCUCGACGGGUACUUGGCGCAAGUGUGCAAGGGGACGCAAUGUACGGCCGAUGAGAUCAGUACGGCCCAAGCGGAGCUGGGACGGGACUGCCAGGGCCAGAGCGGGGGCGGACUUAUUCCGGCUGUGCAGGCCAUGUUGACGAAUUAUGGGUCGAGCUACAAGACUCUGGCGUGUUCGAUCUUCUAUAAUGGGACGCAAGACAACUGCGUCACCGAGGCGAUCAGCAGUAACAAGGCCGCCAACUCCCCGACGUUUUUCAUGGACCUUGUGUCGGGCAAUAAUCUGCAGCAGUACACUGAUACAGUCUUCAAGUCUGCGAAGUGUAGCGGAUGUAUGCAUGAGCUGUACAAGGCCGCCGUCUUCCUCAUACCCAAUACCCGCAGUCAAUCCAUCACAUCGGAGCUCGGCAAUCACCUCAAGAACGACUGCGGCGGGGGCGAUACCCCGAACUGGUCUAAUGUGAUGGACCAGCAGAUCCCCGACGCGCUGACCGUCAAGCAGAAUACAGCCGCAGGUGGGGGCCAGGUGACCGGCGCGGCGAGAGUCCACGGGACAGCGGGGAUGGGAGAGGUGGUCAGGGCGGGGAUGGUUGUCUUGGUAGGCCUGGGGUUGGUAGGGGUGGGUCUGUAA